GAACACGAGAAAUAAAAYUUCCAUAAAAGUGUGUUUUAAUGUACUGAAUUGUACGGCUUUUGCAGAUAAAGUAUGGCAGAUACAAAGAAGUAUGGCCUGAUAAUCAAGAAGAAGACAACGGAAAAACCACUAAAGAAGAGUGCCGUGUUUGGAAACGAAUCAAGCGAUGAAGAGGAUGCACCAAAGAGUAGCAUCAAUGUUUCACUAAUGAGAGAAGCACAGAAGAAAAAACAAAUGAAGCAGACUCAAAUUGAAAUUGAGAAAGCUCUAAAGGAAGACCCCAAUGUAUAUGAAUAUGAUAACAUAUACGAUGAGAUGGCUGAAAAGAAAAAAGCUGCAAUACCAAAACUUGCUGAGAAAGAUAGAAAGACUCAAAUUGAAAUUGAGAAAGCUCUAAAGGAAGACCCCAAUGUAUAUGAAUAUGAUAACAUAUACGAUGAGAUGGCUGAAAAGAAAAAAGCUGCAAUACCAAAACUUGCUGARAAAGAUAGAAAGCCAAAGUACAUCAAAGGUUUGCUGGAAUCUGCCAAGUCCAGAAAAAUGGAAGACGAACGUCGCAUGGAAAGAAAAAUCCAGAAAGAAAGAGAACAAGAAGGAGGGGAAUUCCAGGAAAAAGAGGAAUUUGUUACAUCGGCGUAUCGCAAGAGAAUGAUAGAGUUGCAAGAAGAAGAGGAACGCAUAAAGAAGCAAGAGGCUCUUGAUGCCGCAAAUGAUGUCACCAAGAAGUCUGAUCUGACAAUGUUUUACAGCAAUUUGCUAAAGCAUAACGUAUCCAUGGGUGGUUCAUUUGCUGUGGAUAAUAAAACUGAUAGCACUGAUAAUGACAGAAAAGAUAAUUCGAGUAAAGACAAUUCAGAAAAAAAGAACAAGUUGGAAAGGGAAGACAAAUCAGAUACGCACAAAGAGAGUAGGGAUUCCAGGAAAGAUUCCCAACGAUCACGUUCAGAUCGUGAAGGGCAUCGUUCAAGUUCGAGCCGACAUCAUGACUCCGAUCGCCGUCGUAGAGAACACGAUAAGAGACGAAGUCCAAGCGAAGAAAAAAGUUAUCGAAAGGAAAAAWGUGAUAAGCAAAGAGCAUCCCGAAAAGAAUCCGAGGAAUCCUCUCGGCAUCAUUCGGAAAAUCGACGUGACUCCGACAGUCAAGAAAAAUAUUCCCGAUCUAAACACGAGGACGAAAAAUCUGAAGAAGGCAGUUCUCGUGAAGAAAGAACAUUUUCUCCCAAAAAUGAAACAAAAACCGACAUGUCAGUUGUGAAAGAAGGAGAGGAAGCUAGUGUUCCUAGUAAAUUUGUCAAACGAAGUAACAACGAAAGUAUUUCGUCGGCCAGGGAAAGGUUUUUGGAGCGAAAACGUGCGCGUGAAAUGCAAAGAAAACAAGAAGACUCGGAUGAAGACUGAUUUGUUUGAAUAGCAUGAACUCGUAACCAAAGCUAUAGGCAAAUGGUCUUUACCUAAUGACGUCAUGUUUCGUUUGCCCAUCAAAUUUAUAGAAGUGUCAAGAUGGCGGASUUUUUGUAAAACCGAACUACAUCUACAAAGCCGUGACGAAUAAAUAAUUAGUCUCGAAAAACAGCCUCUAGGGAAGAGGACCAUUGGCACGACAAGCCGUGCCAUAACUUUAAGAUUUAAAAGGACAAAAAUAAAUAAAUUAUAAGAGAAAAGUGAUUUAUAUUGUUUCCACCAAGAAUUUCAGUCAGUUA